AUCAGGGCACUGAUAAUCAGUGUAGCCCCAGCAGUGCUAGCUGUCAGUGCCUCAUCAAUGCCAUAUAUCAGUGCCUACCAGUGCACAUCAAUACCACAUAUCAGUGCCCAUCUGAGCUGCCUUUCAGUGUCACCUAUCAGUGCCAGUCAAUGCCACCUAUCAAUGCCAGUCAGUGCUGCCUAUCAGUGCAGGUCAGUGCCGCCUAUCAGUGCCCAUCAGUGCCAGCUACCAGUGCCUCCUCAUCAUAAAACUAAGAAAAAACUUUUUUUUUUAAAUUUCAGUUGUUGGUCUGUUUAG